CCGACUACUUGUUUUUCUGUUUGUUCAGAGAUGAUCAGGUACCCAGACACUUCAGCAUUGAUGUCUUCCCAUCUCAGUGGCAUUUCUGGUGCCCACCUCAGGAAUCUCCUUGGCCAACCUUGAAACACUUGGAAGUUAAACAGAAUCCACUGCAUAGAUUCUUCUUGAAAAUUUUCAUCAUAAAUGUUCAGAACUUUCUGAAUAAGCAUAAGGACUUGAAGGUGCUCACAAGCAGGAGACAAGCCAAAAGGGCAGGCAGGAGGUGCGAAGGUGCGAGAGGCCAUAGACUAUCCACCAGCCAGGUCAUCAUCGCUGGAACAAUCAGGAAGUGUCUGAAUGUAGACUACAGAUGCCCAUAUUGGCCAACCUCUUCGUAGCACACAGCACAGAAUCUAGCACUCUGCAGAAGUCCUGAAGGUUGAUGGAGGGCCAUGCUAUUCAAACAGCAGGCAUGGCUGAGACAGAAGCUCCUGGUGCUGGGAAGCCUUGCUAUUGGGAGCCUCCUGUAUCUAGUCGCCAGAGUUGGGAGCUUGGAUAGGCUACAACCCAUUUGCCCCAUUGAAGGCCGAUUCGGAGCCCGCAGUCAGGCCGAAUUCCCACUUCGAGCCCUGCAGUUUAAGCGUGGCCUGCUGCAUGAGUUCCGGAAGGGCAACACAUCCAAGGAGCAGGGUCGCCUUCGUGACCUGGUUCAACAGCUCCCCAAGGCCAUCAUCAUUGGUGUGAGGAAAGGAGGCACAAGAGCUCUGCUUGAGAUGCUGAACCUCCAUCCAGCAGUGGUCAAAGCCUCUCAAGAAAUCCACUUUUUUGACAACGAUGAGAAUUAUGCCAAGGGCACUGAGUGGUAUAGGAAAAAGAUGCCCUUUUCCUACCCUCGGCAAAUCACAAUUGAAAAGAGCCCAGCGUAUUUCAUCACGGAGGAGGUUCCAGAAAGGAUUUACAAAAUGAACUCAUCCGUCAAGCUGUUGAUCAUUGUCAGGGAGCCCACCACACGAGCUAUUUCUGAUUACACUCAGGUGCUAGAGGGAAAGGAGAGGAAGAAUAAAACUUACUAUAAGUUUGAGAAGCUGGCAAUAGACCCUAAUACCUGUGAAGUGAACACAAAAUACAAAGCAGUAAGAACCAGUAUCUACACCAAACAUCUGGAGAGAUGGUUAAAGUACUUUCCGAUUGAACAAUUUCACAUUGUCGAUGGAGAUCGCCUCAUCACGGAACCUCUGCCAGAACUUCAGCUCGUGGAGAAGUUCUUAAAUCUUCCCCCAAGGAUAAGUCAAUACAAUUUAUAUUUCAAUGCUACCAGAGGGUUUUACUGCUUGCGAUUUAACAUUAUCUUUAAUAAGUGCCUGGCAGGCAGCAAGGGGCGCAUUCAUCCAGAGGUGGACCCCUCUGUCAUUACCAAAUUGCGCAAAUUCUUUCACCCUUUUAAUCAAAAAUUUUACCAGAUCACUGGGAGGACAUUGAACUGGCCCUAAAAUAGUAAGUCAUACAACACUAUGUGUUGUGCCCGGAGACGAGCACUGUCUCUUCAAGAUUAAAAUAUGCACUUUUCCUAGACACAACUAUCCAGUUCAUUUUUCCAUCUAUACUUGCACAUAUGCAGUGUGUGACCAAAUAUAAGAUCAGUUCUUUUUCUAUUGAAAAUUUACAAAAUACAAUUUGCUGUCUGCAUAGUUGCAUCUUUUAAGCUAUUUACAAAAAGAAGAGGUGGUGGUUUGGGGGAAAAGUGACUUCAGCUAUUCUAAAAGAGUUAGUCUACCUUUGAGUCAGAAUUUGUCACCUACCAUUUUCAUAGAUUUAAGCCAAAAGAUUUAUGUGUGAAAACAUACCAAUGGCUGUGAGGCUUCAGGAAGUAAAGGAUUCAGUAUGCAUUCUUUUCUAAGGGCAAGCUGGCUCUUCAAUUCAGAUGCUGAAUUGGUGUCAUGAAAACAGAAAAUACUAUUUUCUUAUUAUUUAAGAGAAUAUGUUAUCUCAUAAAACUGACACUGUUCCAAAGUUCCUGUUGUGAUUUUGCACUAUCGUUUUCUCACAUGGACCGUGGUGUCCCUGGUAGCAUGUCAAUCACAUUAGGAAGUCGUCCUUUUACUUCCAUGUUCUGUGUCAACAAAGAGAAUGUCGUGUACAUAAUGUAUAUUGUUGUAAAUACUGGUUUCACACUAAGUAAUUCUAUUUUGUAAACUGAAUAUGGCUAUUUAAUUUAUUGUGAAAAUUAAAUUUAUUGUGGUAUUUAAAAAUGGAAUGGAUUAAAAUUACUCUAUGUGCAACAUUUUUUUUUUUACCCAUUUUAUUUUACAUGCCCCCAAAAUCAAAGCUGUUGUGCACAUGAGAGCACUUGGAAAUAUGUGAUUCUCUGUUGGAUUUCUGUACCCUUGUGAAAAUGUAUUUAUGAAGUGGGGUUGAGUCUAUUGCAAAAAAAUCUCAACCAUCUGGAAACCUAGCGUAAUAGCCACCUCAAAGACAGCCACCUAGAGGUGCUCUGUUACAGCUGUGUAACAGUUAAUUUAUUUGUAGUUGCUGCUGUGCUGGGAGAGAGACAAAAAUACCUUCACAUAAUUAAGGCAUAGAAGAAUCACUAUAUUAUUUGAACUUCUAAUCAGAGUCAAAUCAGUAGAGAAAUUAAAUAAAAUAAGAUCAGAAAAUUUGUGUGGCCUUGGUACUGAAAGCUGCAGAUGCUUCAAAAAUGAAUACAAACUCUCAGAACUCCCUAAGAUGAAAAAUAUAUCAUUCUGCUCAUAAAUGAUCAAAUUGCACAGUGUUGUUAUUACUAACAUACAUAUAUGGCUCUUAGUUCCUCCAGAGAAAUUAAUCCUAAAUUGGGUGCUUACUAAUAUUAGAUACAGUCUGUACCAUGCUUAAAUAUAAUUCUGAAAACUGUAGAAAGAGGUAUCAAGAAAAAAAAGGUGAUGGAUUUUUCACAAUCAUGGCUGCUUAUCCAAUAGAAGAUGGUUGAGGGAGUUUAACAUCAUACUGAGAGUGCCUAGAGAAAUCAGCAAAUUACAAUGACUGUAAUAAGUGUUGAUUUUCCUCAUGAAUUGUUUAUCCUGUCCAGUGAUUUGAUGGUGAACUUUUCAAAUAAAUAGCCCUUUUCCCUCCAGUGUUGGUAUAUAUAUUGCUUCUCAAGGUUCAGCCUGGGUAAUCACCUCUACAGUUUCAAUUAGCAGUGAUGCUGUUCUCUCACAGUGGAACAGGCAUGAUGCCAGCACGCGCUGACAGGCCUGCCUUCUUGCUUACUGUGCAGUGGAUCUAGAGUGAGAGUUUCCAGUCUGAAUGUCAAUCCCUUCUCCCUUAAACCAUGAUGAAAUUAAAAUACAGAAUCUGGCAUCAGUUAUACCUCAUUAGAACAUUGAUAUUUCAAAACUUUGACCUAGGUUUUUCACCAGUAAAGUUGAAAGAUGGCAAUCUUUUCCUAGACUUACAGACAAACGUUUAAAAAUGAAUAGAAAUUUCUCAGUGAUUUUUAAUAGCUUAUUUUCUUUAUUACAUGGUUAAUACAUGUUCAUAGCUAAUAAAUGAGAAAAUACAAAUAGCAAGAAUAAAGAGUAAAUUAAAAUAGUCAUAAUCUGCCUACUCGGGGAAAACCACUGUCACUGUUUCAGUGUACAUCCUCCAGAUCCAAGGCCAGCAAACAUUUUCUGUGAAGGACUAGACAGUAAAUAUUGUAGGCUUUGUAGGUAAAGAUAUUAAACUGAGGAUUUUAUGUAGACACUUGACAACAAGAGAGAAUACAAAUUACCAUAAAACUCUUACUGACCAUGUCCAAAAUAUAGAACAACAACAAUAAUAAUAACUGAGUACAAUUUUUUUGUAACAGAGGCCUACUAAUGGUAAGGAUGGAACUCUUUUUUGGGAGAGGCUAAUAUUUUAAUAGCUUAAUUGGAGCUCAAAGUUAGUGUUUUCACUAGCAUUCGUCAAAAUCUAUUGCAAAUGUUCAGCUUCAAUUAAUACUGAUCUGUAAUGAAAUUUCAUGUAUUCAUCUUUUCACACAGCCAGGUACUUCCAAAUACUGAUAUCAAUCCACAAGCCUACAAUUUUAAUUGAGCAUAUUCAUUGUUUGGAACAUAGUUUCAAAAUUCUAUUUAGAUUCUCUUCCUAUUUGCCUUUUAAGCAUGGCAUUAAAAUGCAGAUUAGUCACUUCCAAUUGAAGAUCACGUGGAAGCUCCUCAAUUAAAAUUAAAUAGAUUUUGAAACAUGGUAAUUUCCUUUAUACUUGCAUGGAGGUUCAAAAAUGUUGUUGGAACUAUACUUUAAGCUCUGAAAAUAUAUCCACUAAAAUUAGUGUGGGAAUGGAGAUCUAACUUCUCAUUUUAACUUUUGAAAGCAAAGUGUAAAGCAGCCUGGGAUUACUUGUGAUUCAAGCAAUGUUAGUUACCAUUAAAAGGAUAUAAGUUUGCCUGUAAACACUGUUUUGGCUUUUAAUUUUAGAUUGAAUUCAUUAAGAAGCAUAUCAAGUCUGCAGUAGAAGUUAAUUUUCAAAACCAUUGUUCAAUAUUAAUGAUUGCUUAAUAAAUUCAUAAACAAAAACAAUAAAUGUAAGUUAUUAUUCAGAAAAAUUUCAGUCUCAAGCCCAACUUCAAACAUUGCAAUAAAACCUCACUACUGCUAAGCCUCAGAACUGUGGGGUAGUAAUGAA